GAACUUAGCCGGAUUUUUUGUGAGAUUACUCAUAAAACUUCCCCACAAUUUAUCACAAGUAUACAAAUUAAAGAUUAAUCUGCCCUAUCACCCAGAUAUGAAAAAAAAAAUACCAGAUCUCCGUCCUCGACAUAAUUUUGAUAAUUUCUAUAUUUUAUAACUAGACAUUUUAGUAUAAGUACUCCUAGAACUAUUUUAAAUAUUCAGUUUAUCCCGCCGUAUCUCUCAAAGCGAAUCAAAAAAUGUUUUUACAAACCAAAAGCCCAUUUUUCUUUUUUAUUAUUAUAAUUUGGUUCAGUUCCGCACAAAGCAAAAGUAUAAUUUACGCAAACGACGGAAACAAUCAACUAAAGUACCUCAGAGAAGAAAAUGUGUUAUCUCUUUCGAACCAAGGUGUUUUGAAGUUGGAAAAAUCUUUUGCAAACAGUUCUUCAAUCACGCAUCUGUAUUUAACAGACAACGAUUUGUGUGUGAUAAACGCCGGCGCUUUCGAUGGAUUGCCAAAUUUGGUUUACUUGAACCUCACAAGAAACAACCACAUUACCCUGCAAUUACACGGCAACAAUUUUCCGCGCAUCGAAACACUUGUUUUGGACGAUACUGCUGCAGUUAAUAAGUAUCAUUGCAUCAUUAAUCGCGGAGAAUUUGGCGAGUUAUCAAGAGGACCUUGCUACGGAACGCCUAUCAUGUUCAACUUCAAGAAAUUGCCGAAUUUGCGGCAUUUGUACCUGCGCAACAAUGGAAUUAAUUACCCGCGCAACGAUGGACAGCCAAUUGUCGGUCAAGUCGGCUCGCAAAUUUACCGAUCGAGUAUCACGCAUUUGUACCUGGAUAGCAAUGAGAUUUCUUCGAUGAACUUCGUGGAUUCUUUGCCGGAUUCCAUCACUCAUUUGUAUCUCAGGAAUAAUUCGCUUACAGAUUUGGAAUAUAGUUUCGUAAAAUUGGCGAUUCCUACAAACGAUCCGCUCCCUCUUGAUCGGUUGAAGAAUCUUGUGUACCUGGAUCUCUCUAAGAACCAAAUUUAUGCUCUCAGUGAUGACUCCUUCAACAAUUUGGGGAAAUUAACCAUCUUGGAACUCGAUGAAAAUUAUUUGAGCCGCGUUCCGAGGAUUUGUGAGCUGAAAAGUCUGGAAAUUCUCUCGAUUUCACAGAACAAGCUCACUGAAAUCGCGCAGUUUGAUUUCUGCGGUCUUUCGAGUCUUAAGCUGUUGAACUUGAGUUAUAAUGAGAUCUCCAAGGUUUCAAGAGACGAAAUUAGGAAUUUGGGCGGCUUGGAAAAUUUGGAUCUUUCGGGGAACAAAAUAGCCUAUUUACCCGAGAAUUGGAUCGCUGAGAUGAAUCUCAAGGCUCUAUUUUUGAACGAUAACCGAUUCAAGCAUUUCUCACAUUUAUCUUUAAACGCUUUCGGAAGUCUUAAGUAUGUAAAUAUCAGAGGCAAUGAUAUUCAAGUAAACGGUUCGAUGGGAUUACCCAGAGAUACGGUUAUUGUUGACAGCAGUGCAUUUGCUGAAAUACCAAAUUUAAAUUAUUUAGAUUUAACUGGGAAUUCCAUUCAUUCGUUAAAUUUGAAUUUGUCCAAUCUUGAGACACUUAUCUUAGACAAUGCGCUGCGUAAUUUUAGUGGACCUCCUGGAAGAACGUAUCUAUCUAUCGGGACCAAAAUAGGUCUCGGCGUACGAGCAGGAUUGUAUCUGCCAAAAUUAAAAAAAUUGUAUCUUCGUAAUAAUACAAUCAUUGAGAUCGUCGGAUUGACUGAAGAGACUGUGCCAAACCUCACUCAUCUUUAUCUGAGUGACAAUUAUAUUGAAUACCUGGAUUUCAUCGACAAGUUGCCGAAGUCAAUCACUCAUUUGUAUCUUGAUAACAACAAAAUAUCCAAAUUUGUGCACGAGAGAACACGGGUUGAAUCAUUAGGGCGGCCCUUUUAUAAAUUAAAAAUGAUUUUAAAAAGUGCAUUUCUUCUUUUGAUUCUGUCGAGUAUUUCAACUGCGUCGGACGGUCACGCAAUUGCAUUUGACCUUUCAAAUAAGAACAUAACUUCGUUGGAUGGUAGAUUUUACGAGACUUCGGAAUUAACAUUUAUACACGCGCCAUAUAACAAAAUUUCAAAGGUUGACAGCAGCUUAUUUGCUGGACUACCAAAUUUAUAUUCUUUGGAUUUAACAGCAAAUUCUAUUGAUUCGUUAAAUUUGAAUUUGACCAAUCUUGGGAGGCUUGUCUUAGACGGUGCGCUGCAUAAUUUUAGUGGACCUUCUGGAGAAAUGCAGCUAUCUAUCGGAGCCAAUCCAGGUGUCGGCGUAUCAGCAGUAUUGUAUCUGCCAACAUUACGAGAAUUGUAUCUUCGUUAUAAUCGAAUCACUCGGAUCGACGGAUUGACCGAAGAGACUGUGCCGAAUCUCGUUCAUCUUUAUCUGAGUUACAAUGAUAUUGAAUACCUGGAUUUUCUUGACAAGUUGCCGAAGUCAAUCACUCAUUUGUAUCUUAAUAACAACGAAAUAUUGAAACUUGUGCACGAAAGAAUGCCGGUUAAAUCAUUAGGGUUGUAUGCAGUUACAGAAACGGUCAUAGAAAAAUAUGAUUUCAAUCACUUGGAAAAUCUUGAAUAUCUGGAUAUAUCUCAUAAUAAAAUUGAAAAAAUUGAAGAUGGUACUUUUAAAAAUUUAUCAAAGUUGAUAACUCUUUAUUUGAACAACAAUUAUUUAUCCAGCCUGCCCGACUUUUCUGGUCUAACACAAAUUAAGAAUUUGGAUCUCUCGCACAACUAUUUUAGUCCUAUUUCUGCCACAGCGUUCAAUUAUUUACCUUCGUUGGAGGAAUUGAAUACUUUUGGAAAUUCUGAUGAAUAUUCUGUAAUAACCCACCUUUUUUUGACCGACAAUGACAUUUGGGAAAUCGCUGAAGGUGCUUUUGAUAGCUUGCCAAAUUUGGUUUAUCUUAAUUUAACUGGUAAUUUUUUAACUUUAAAUAAACUGAAUUUCGCAAACGAGUCAAAUAUCGAAGUGUUGGUUUUGGACAACGCGAUUAAGGACCCUACUCUCCAGUCUAAUAUUCGUUCAGUACACCAAUGCAGCAGAGUGAUGGAAUACCCAACAAAAAGUUCAGACCAGGGUAAUACAAUUAUUUUUGAAAGUCAAAUGAAGCUGCCGAAUUUGAAAAAGUUAUAUUUAAGGAAUAACAAUAUCAAAUCGAUUAAUGAGUAUAGUAUUGCAUUGUGGAAGGAAUUAAUGCCAAAUAUUUCUCAUCUUUACCUGCAGCACAAUCGAAUUUCUUCAUUAAGUUUCAUCCGAUUUCUGCCGUCAACUGUGACUGAUUUGCUGCUGAACGACAAUAAAAUAUUCGCAUCCGGGAGUAUGUCGUUGAACCAUCUGAAGACUUUAGAAAUUAGUGACAAUAAGAUCAAAAAUUUGUGUGGUACUUAUGCAAAUUGCGACGGUAUGACUCUGGAAAGUGCUACAAAUUUGGAAGUGUUGUUGAUGUCAAAUGUUUACCUUCGACGCAUCGAAUCUAAUUCGUUUAAAGACCUGGGAAAUUUGCUAUUGUUAGAUUUAUCACGAAAUCAGAUUGGAGACAUUGUUAAACAUACUUUUGACAAUUUGACGAAUCUAAAGACACUGCGGUUGGACCACAAUAAAUUGUACGAAAUACCUGACGUUUGCGGUCUGAAAAAUUUGGAAUCUUUUUCUUUGGCUCACAACGAGAUCGAAACAAUAGACGAAUCGAUGUCUUGCUUGUCGAGAGUAAAAGAACUAAAUUUCAGCAAUAAUCUCUUAGAUAAGAUAAAAUUCGAGGCGUUUCGUAGUUUUGUUGAGUUAGAGAAAUUAGAUCUUUCGGGUAAUAAACUUGUUAUAUUGCCUGACAACUGGAUACCUUUGACGUCGACUUUGCAGUACUUGGAUCUGCAAAAUAAUUUGUUUACAAGUCUCGAAAGUAUGUCGUUGAUCAAGGCUGAGAAUUUGAAGUAUCUUAGUAUCGGAAAAAACCCUCUGAAAACGAUUAAUAUUAAAAUAUUGAAGACUUUGCCGGAGAGUACGACGGUGGAUGUUGAGAAGAUUGGAUGUGACCAAUGUCAGAUAUGUGAGAAAUGCCAGAUAUGUGAGAAAUGCCAGGAGUGUGUUAAGCGAGAAGAUCGCGGAUCUUCGGAUCACUGCCGAUCUUGUGGAUCAUAUUGUAGUAAUUGCCAACAAUUUUUCGACGAUAAUCCUACAGAGGGUUAUGAACCAAUACUCAAAGAUUGGCACCAAGUUUCGUUCGAUCUUUCGUCGACAUUAAGUCCCACUGAAUUGUCUGUUAAUGAUAACUUGAUAAUUAACGACAGAUCGACUUUAGAUUUUUCAAAUUCCGGACUAAUUCGUUUAAAGAAGUCUUUUUUGAAUAGUUCCGUAAUAACCCAUCUGUUUUUGACCGACAAUGACAUUUUGGAAAUCGAAGAAGGUGCUUUUGAUAGCUUACCGAAUUUGGUUUAUCUUAAUUUAACUGGAAAUUUGAUACCGUUUGAUGAACUGAAUUUUGGAAACGAGUCAAAAAUUGAAGUGUUGGUUUUGGACAAUGCGAUUAUGAACCCUGUUCACAAUCCUAAUAUUACUUUAUCAAACCAGUGCAACAGAGUGCAUUUUUUCCGAACAAUAAGUUCAAACCAGGGCAAUACAAUUAUUCUUAAAAGCCAAAUGAAGCUGUCGAAUUUGAAAAAAUUGUAUUUGAGGAACAACAAUAUUGAAUCGAUUGAUGGAGUUAGUAUUGUAAUGUUAAAGGAAUUAAUGCCAAAUAUUUCUCAUCUUAUCCUGGAGCACAAUCGCAUUUCUUCAGUAAGUUUCAUUAAAUUUCUGCCGUCAACUGUGACCGAUUUGUUGCUGAGUGACAAUAAAAUAUCCAAAUUCGAGAGUGUGUCGUUGAAUCAUCUGAAGACUUUAGAAAUUAGUGACAAUAAGAUCAAAAAUUUGUGUGGUACUUAUGGAAAUUGCGACGGUAUGACUCUGAAAAGUGCUGCAAAUUUGGAAGUAUUGUUGAUGUCAAAUGUUCAGCUUCAAAAUAUCGAAUCUAAUUCUUUUGAAGACCUGGGAAAUUUGCUAUUGUUAGAUUUAUCACGAAACCAGAUUGGAGACAUUGCUAAACAUACUUUUGACGAUUUGACGAAUCUAAUGACACUGCGGUUGGACCACAAUAAAUUGGACAGUAUACCUGACGUUUGCGGUCUGAAAAAUUUGGAAUCUUUUUCGUUGGCUCACAACAAGAUCAAAAUAAUCGACGAUUCGAUGUCGUGUUUGUCGAAAGUAAAAGAACUAAAUUUGAGCAAUAAUAUCUUAGAUGAGAUUAAUUCCGAAGCGUUUAGUAGUUUUGCUGAGUUAGAGAAAUUAGAUCUUUCGAGUAAUAAACUUGUUAUCUUGCCUGACAAUUGGAUACCUUUAACGUCGAAUUUGCAGCACUUGGAUCUGCAUAGCAAUUUGUUUACAAGUCUCGCUAGUAUGUCGUUAACCAAGGCUGAGAAUUUGAAGUAUCUUAGUAUCGGAAGCAAUCCUCUGAAGGCGAUUAAUAUUAAAAUAUUGAAGACUUUGCCGGAGAGUACGACGGUGGAUGUUGAGAAGAUUGGAUGUGACCAAUGUCAGAUAUGUGAGAAAUGCCAGAAGUGUGUUGAGCCAGAAGAUCUCGGAUCUUCGGAUCACUGCCGAUCUUGUGGAUCAUAUUGCAGUAAUUGCAAUUAUUAUCAAGAAAGUUUGUUCUAUAUUUAUAAUAAAAUGAAAAUAACAAUAAUGUUGCGACAUAACCUAUUGUGCGCGAUUCUUGCCUUAUCAAUGUGCCGUCUAGGUUAUCAAACAAACGUAACAUCACCCAGUGUUACGACCGACGAAGAUACAGAAUUAAAAUACACUUUAGAUUUUUCUAAAAUGGGAGUGACGCAUUUAAAAAAAUCUCCGACCAAUUAUUUGGUAACGCACAUCUAUUUGACGAACAAUAACAUUUGGAAAAUCGACGAUGGCGCUUUUGAAAGUUUUCCUAAUUUGAUUUACUUGAACUUGACCGGCAAUUUGAUUCCUUUAGAAGAAUUAAAUUUUUUUGAAGAAUGCAAAAUCGAGGUUUUGGUGCUAGAUAAAGCGAUAAUGAGAGGAAAUAUUGAGGGAUACACUUGUUGUGAAGAAUCUCGGGAGAAAGAAGACAUAAAACACUACUGGCGAAAAAGUUAUGCGAAAGAUGUUGUUUUCAAGCCAGCUGUUUCGAUGAAGUUGAAGAAAAUUCGGAGUUUGUACUUACGCAAUAACAACAUCAAAGAUGUAGAGUUGGAUCAUCUUACGCUUCUAAAAGAAAUCAUGCCGAGUUUAGCGUAUCUCUAUCUGGAUAACAAUCGUAUUUCAUCAGCAAACUUCGUAGAAUUUCUCCCUUCAACGCUCACGCAUUUGUAUUUGACGAACAACAACAUAUCGAAGUUCAAAAGCAGAUUUUUGAAAAAUUUGAAACUUUUGAUGCUUGACAGAAACCCGAUCAAACAUUUGUGCGGUAGCAAGAUAGCCAUCUGCGAUGGCUUGACCUUGAACAGUGCCGUAAAUUUGCAAGUUCUUUCCCUGUCUCGAAUAGAGCUUCAAGAUAUCCAGGUGGAUUCUUUUAGAGAUUUGGAAAAUUUGCUCUUCUUAGACCUGUCGCACAAUGAAAUUUACCAAAUUCAGGAUCAUACUUUUGACAAUCUUCCAAAUUUGAGGAUUCUUCAUCUAGAUCACAACGAACUGGACACUGUUCCGGAUACCUGCGGCUUGAAGAACCUCGAGUACUUAUCAAUAACCUUCAACAGAAUAAAAGCUAUCGAUUCGUCGAUGUUCUGCGGACUGCCAAAAUUGGCGUAUUUGAAUAUGAGCAGCAAUAUUUUGGACGAAAUAAACCCAGAGGUAUUUGGCGAGACUACAACCAAGAUAAUAAAACUUGUAGAUCCUCAAAAUGACUGGGAGCUUCCGGAAAUGGAUUAUAGCUUUGCUGACAGCGGAAAAAAUUCUAUUGAAUCUUUUAGUUGGCUUUUGCUAUUUUUGGUUUUUAUCAAUGUUUAAAUAUUGGAGAUAGUCGACGAAUUGGCUGUGAAUUUUUUAUCGACAGUAAAAUAAAUAAAUACUUUUUGCAUUAUCAGUUUUAGACUUCCAGAACAUAUUAAAUUUAUCAGUAUUGUAUUGGCGAUUAUGGUGUUUAUUCUUAUUCCUACGAAUAUAUGAUUAUUUUUUUUUUAUGACGCGAUAGCAGUCUUUCAUUCUUUGCACAAAAUUGUUUUUAUUUAAAGAAGAUAUCUUCACCAGACUAAUAUAAAAGGCUAGGAGGGUUCAGUUUCAGACUAUAACGCAUUUGCAGUGUGAGUACUUCAUUACUAAAUAUUAUUUAACGUAAGAAAAUGUUAUUUCAAAAAAUGUUAAAGUUUUUAGUAUUUUUCGU